UCUUUCAGCAUAUAUCUUUUUUUUUAAUUGGAGGGAUGCACAGGAGGGGAAAUUGAAAAAAAAUUUGUUGGCUUUUGUUUACCUGGCGUGUGUGGCAACGGGCUUUCUCACUGCCUGCCAUCUCUGACCUUUCUUUCUUUCCUUUCUCUUCUUUCCAAAGGGGGGGAAAUAAUUCUUCCCCCCCAUGUGCAUGAAGGGUUAAGGGGGAAAUGGGGGGGGAAAUCUGAGAAUCCAACCAAGCCCUGCCCCCCUUCUGUAGAAAACCAAUAACACCCCCUUCUUUUUUAAAAAAUUUUACCUUCAUCCUAUCCUUUCUCCUCCUCCUCCCACUCCCUCCUUUCCACACCCCCCACCCCCACCCCCAACUCACAACUCUGUUGAGUCCAGAAUUUCAGAAUCUGGUGUUGGGCUUUGCCGGGAUGCUUCGGAGGAAUGGAUGAAUUCCACCCGUUCAUCGAGGCCUUGCUGCCUCAUGUCCGUGCCUUCUCCUACACCUGGUUCAAUCUGCAGGCGCGGAAGCGCAAGUACUUCAAGAAACAUGAGAAGCGCAUGUCGAAGGACGAGGAGCGGGCAGUGAAGGAUGAGCUGCUGGGGGAGAAGCCCGAGAUCAAGCAGAAGUGGGCGUCCCGGCUCCUGGCCAAGCUGCGCAAGGACAUCCGGCCCGAGUUCCGUGAGGACUUUGUGCUGACCAUCACCGGCAAGAAGGCCCCCUGCUGUGUCCUCUCCAACCCUGACCAGAAGGGCAAGAUCCGCCGGAUUGACUGCCUGCGCCAGGCCGACAAGGUGUGGCGGCUCGACCUGGUCAUGGUGAUUUUGUUUAAGGGGAUCCCCCUGGAAAGUACUGAUGGGGAGCGGCUCUACAAGUCUCCCCAGUGCUCCAACCCCGGCCUGUGUGUCCAGCCUCACCACAUUGGAGUCACAAUCAAAGAACUGGAUCUUUACCUGGCUUACUUUGUCCACACUCCUGAAUCCGGACAAUCAGACAGUUCCAACCAGCAAGGAGAUGCGGACAUCAAACCACUGCCCAAUGGGCACUUAAGUUUCCAAGACUGCUUUGUGACCUCUGGGGUCUGGAAUGUGACUGAGCUGGUCAGAGUAUCACAGACUCCUGUUGCUACGGCGUCAGGGCCUAACUUCUCCCUGGCGGAUUUGGAGAGCCCCAGUUACUACAACAUAAACCAGGUGACCCUUGGGCGGCGGUCCAUCACGUCCCCUCCUUCCACCAGCACCACCAAGCGCCCUAAGUCCAUAGAUGACAGCGAGAUGGAGAGCCCCGUGGAUGAUGUGUUCUACCCUGGGACAGGACGGUCCCCAGCAGCUGGCAGCAGCCAGUCCAGUGGUUGGCCCAAUGAUGUGGAUGCAGGCCCGGCUUCUCUAAAGAAGUCAGGAAAGCUGGACUUCUGCAGUGCCCUCUCCUCUCAGACCAGCUCCCCGCGCAUGGCUUUCACCCACCACCCGCUGCCCGUGCUAGCUGGAGUGAGACCAGGGAGCCCCCGGGCGACAGCCUCUGCUCUGCAUUUUCCCUCGACCUCCAUCAUCCAGCAGUCGAGCCCUUACUUCACCCACCCGACCAUCCGCUACCACCAUCACCAUGGCCAGGACUCACUGAAGGAGUUUGUGCAGUUCGUGUGCUCGGAUGGCACAGGCCAGGCCACAGGGCAGCCUAACGGUAGUGGCCAGGGCAAAGUCCCGGGGUCAUUUUUGCUACCACCGCCGCCUCCAGUGGCCAGACCUGUGCCCCUUCCUAUGCCUGAUACCAAAUCCACCAGCACUACCCCAGACGGCGCCGCCUUGACUCCUACAUCACCCUCAUUCUCAACGACAGGCGCCUCCUCUGCCAACCGGUUUGUCAGCAUCGGACCCCGGGACGGCAACUUUCUAAACAUCCCACAGCAGUCUCAGUCCUGGUUCCUCUGACGAGAUCUACAAGAAAAAGAAAGAAGAGGAAAAAGGGGGAAGAAGAGAUUUUGAGACAUGGAAAAAUCCCCCAGCCCAGCUCAGCCCAACUAGUCCCACCCCACCAAAAAGCAAAAUUUAAAAGUCAUCAUCCACUCUACCCUCUCCUGCCAGGGGAUCCCUUCUGGCACCCACAGAGCCCAGCCCAGCUGUCAGGACCCAGAAGAAGGGGCCUGGGGUGGAGCCACACACCAGCAGCCAGGAGGAAAGGAAAACUGGGGAAAACAGAAAUUUGAAAAAAAAAAAAAACAAAAAAAAACCAAACACAAACAAAAAAGGGUGACAAGGAGCGGUCCCCUGUCCACUCCCUACACCUUUACAUCCCUACACACAGACACAGACACACACAUACACACACACACUACACUACACUUUAUACUACUGGGGCCUCCUGGCUACAACCCAGGCAAAAGCCGAGGCGAAAGAAGUGAAAGUUGAAAAGUUUUCCAAUGCAUAACCAACCCGGCUAGGAGGUCCCAACUCCUGCCCUGUCUCUUUGCUAAACGACAAAGCACCCUCCCCAGCACACCUCAGGCCCGCUGCUCCCUGGGAGCUGGAAGAACUGGCUUCAGUGAGGUGUUUCCAUCAUAGAAAUCUCAAGGGUCUUGAAUCCUUUCUGCCCCUUGCUCCUCCUAGCCUUGGUCCCGUUCCUCCAGCACGGGCAGUUGAACCUGAUCUGACCUUGGUUGGGGUAUGUGGGUCAGGGUGCUUUCUAAGGCUUCUUUCCAUUGUUCUGGCACCCAGGACCCCCGAAGGCCUGGGAAGGAGAGCCCCCGAGAGCUAGGCCUGGCCAGGGAUCCAGUGAGGCCCUUGAUGCCUUCCUGGAACCACUGAAGUUGUUUUAUGUUUGUAUUCUUAUGCACCAGGGUAGAGGGAGCUGAGUUUUGAUAUGCACUUGGCCUGGAGGGGGGUGCCAGUUCACUGGAGCCCAUUGGAAGAGAGGCAGAGUCUGCCCCUGGAAUAGACCUAGCCCAAUAUUGUACCCUCUUCCCUAGAGUCACUCUUACCCCACACCAGCCUUGAUGAUAGCUUUCAUGUCAUCUUAUCAUUAUGUACAGUCUAUAGGAACAAGUUGAAACGCUCUCAACAGGACCAGCCAGCUGUCCCCCCUCCCCAGACUCUCCCUCUCGUUUCCUUGGAUGCUCCAUUGUUCUACAUUGGCCUCCCUCCUCUACUAGCCCCCUGGAGACAGGGCCCAAAAUCGAUGGGAAGGAGCGAGACCUGUUCUGGAACUUGGACCCCGGGAAGACAGUUUGAGCAAAGGGAGAACCAGCCCCCUCCGGCCCCCCAAGUAUCUCCUUUGCUCUUUUCUCCCUCUUAAACUUUUCCUCUAACCCAGCUUUUCCAAAACACCAGCAAGUCCUUCCAUCCAUCCUCCCUGUGAAAAAUAACCCAGAGAGGCUUAAUAACCCUGGCCCUGGCCUCCUGGGCUGGCCCAAAAGACCCAACAUCCAGGGCAUCAGCUGGAUUGGCGAAGCCCGAAGCUGGAUUGGAGGAGCCGAGGAGCCAGUCACACCGGCCCCAGGUCCACAGCUGGCUGCCCGCCUCUUGAGAGCUUUUCGGCUGGGACGCUAAGUCGCCUCUACCCUAGGUAGGCUUUGUGUUCACAGACUUGCUCUCAAUUUAUGUUCCUUUAGAGAUAAUGGUUCGGUGGUGGUGUACUUCCUUUAGUAUUCCAGAGCUUAACUCUCCCUCUUUUUCUCUUCCAUCCCCUCUUUCCUUCCCUGCUUUCCUCUAGCCAGUUUUUAGCUGUAUUUUUUUUUUUCCUGUUGUAGUUGGGAAAUUGUUAUCAAAUUGGGAACAAAAAGAAAUCAACAUGUCCUAGAAAGUUGCUCCUCUCUGCCCCUUCCCCUCCCCAGGGAUGGGCUCAGACCAAGGAGGAAGGCCCAGAGCCAUUCAUUUGGUUUCCGGCUCCUCUCUAGACUGGGUUGGGCAAGGGCAAAGGGCCAGGGGCCGGGGGGGCCUCCAAGCCCACUGAACAUCCCUAGAUAGAUGGGCUCCAGGUUCUCCAGGACUUCCUUCUCACUCUGUGUGACUUCUCUCUCUGUGCCUUACCCCCUCCUAGCUUCUCUGUGGUGUUUAUUUCUCCUCUCCUUUCUCUUGUCUUUCUCUUCUUUUUUCUUCUCUUCUCCUCUUCUCUCUCACACACACAUUCUAUGGAAACACAAAGACAGGUUGGGAGCCUCAGUCCAACAUUGCACCGGGUUGGGGGGAGCCAUGGACUCUAUUGUUGGUGAUUUUGCAUUGGUUAAAGGCUGUGGAUGGUGUGAUCAGCAAAGGGUAGGGCAACCCUAAGAGGAGGGGGGAGGGUAAGGAAAACUAGUUAGGAGCCUCAGACCUACCCAUAAGGAAAGCUGAGGGAGACCCUCCCCUCCUAAACUCAGCCACAAGAGGUUUUUAGUUUUUCAAGUGGAGUGUGUGUGUCUGUCCCUAUCUGCAGCCUUGGAAAAGGACCAGGAAAGAGAGGGGAGGAGAAAGGAGGAAUGGAAUUGGGGGUUUGGGCCUCCCUGUAAGUGCUGACUCCUCUCCCCACUCAGGGUGGUGUUAGGAAGCUGGCUUGGGGUGGCUGGGGCCGGGCUGGGGCCAGGGGCGAUUCCUGGUCAAAGUGCAAUGAUUUUCCAGUUCGGUCGGCAAAACAGGGUCAGACCUGCAGCAGGGAGAGGAGAGGGAAGAGCCCAAAGCUGGCCUGGCCAGCCCCCUUCCCGUCUCCACUCCCACCCACCUCUUUUCCUGGGGACUUCCCCCCAGACAAUCGUUGCCACGCACAAACCUCCGUGCCUGGGCCUUGUAUGUGUCCCUAACCUCACGGAGCCAGGCCCUGGCUUGGGAUUUUGGGGAGCCUCAGCUGCUCCCUCCUCGCACUAGGUAUAAAGCUGCAGGCCAGCUGCGUGUGCCUCACCUCCUUGCCCAGCCUAGGUGGGGGGCAGUCUGAGGUGAAGGGAGGGUACAGGGAACCCCCAAAUUAGGACAGUCUCGGCUUAGAGUCGUCUUGGUUGGGGGACGGGGGAGGGGGGAUGGUAGAGCAAGAUAGAAGCGGGCCGCGGCAAUGGUGGGGGGGUGGGUGGGUGGGGAUUUGCAUGGAAUCCGUUUGUUUCCCUGAUUACCAUCAUUUCGGUUUGAGGGCAGGAGGCGGCGGUGGCGACAGGAAGCGGGGACUGUUAGAAAAAAAAAAAAGAAAAAACACAAAAACCUUUUUUAAAAAAAAAAAAACAAAAAUAUAUAUACGGGGGAAUGAACUUUUUUUUUUUCAUUGAACCAAGUGCAAUGCAUUGGAGAGUUUUCCUAUCUUUGUAUGUUAGAGAUUGUUAAGAAGAAGAAAAAAGUCUAUUUUUGUUGCAAUGUCCUCGCGGCUCUGGGGACACUAAAGAAACGGGCCGCCCGCCAUGUGCGGGCACCGACGCCCAAGUGGGUUUUCCGUUUGUUUGUUUUUUUUUUUUUUUCGUUGUUUUUUUUUUUUUUUUUCGUUCGUUCGUUCGUUUUCGGUUGUUUCUUUUUUUCUUUCUUGAAGCCGUUUGCCUGCGUGGACGAGGCUGAACCGGGGCUUGCCCUGCGUCGCCGUCUGUUCUCGGGGUCGGUGGGAGGGCUGAAGGAAGGAUUUCCACAUUUAAACCACAUUUAAACAUCACAGAAUCAGAGAGGAAAAGGACGAGAGGAAAAUUUUUAAAAAGAAAAAAGUUAAAAAUAAAAAAAAAUAAAAAAAUCCUGGUGCUUUGUACAUUAUAAAGUACAUUAAAAAAAAACCCACCCAACUCUAUUAUACGUCAGUUUAUGAACCAGUUAAGUAUCAUACCGCACGUUAGGAACCACGCAUAGCCCUUUGUUAUGUUAACGCACGGGACAGCGGUUUGCGCUCGGCGGCUGGGCGCGGCUGCCCUGGGCUGGCGCGGAUCUCCUGGGGACCCCUGGCCAGGGGCCACCCCAUUCCCCAUCCGGACACAGAGGCCCCUCCCCGUCCCCGCCCCCUGCAGAGGUCAGUGUCCAGUCACCGACGCCACCCCCUCGAGCGCCUUUCUUUGAGCCAGACGCCAACUUGCCCCACACCAGCAUUGUCCAGGGAGCGCUCUGCAAGUUGGUUAGUUUCCUCUCCCCUUCCCUUCCCCGGCGCCCCCCUCGUACCCCCGCCCCACUCAGUACCCCUGGCAGACCGGCCGCACAGAGCGCCCGCCGGAGGCUGUGGAAAGGGUUUGACGCUUCAGGGAAGGACCAAACCUGCUAACUCAAAUAACACCGGCCCCCUCCUAACCCCACCGCACUCACACAUACAUACAACACACAACACACACACACAACACACACAACAUGCAACACAACCCGAUCGACUUGCCUUACACCCCCCCUCACCCCGCGCUGGCCGGCCAACCUAGUGCCUUCUCCUCAAUCCCACCCCUCUCCCCCGUGCUGGUGGAGUGGACGCCGAGCUCUGGCUCCCAAAGGGGCUGAGUGGACCAGAUGAUCAGAUGAAUUCCCACUCCCUUUCCCAAUCCAGACCCUCCGCCCGACCCCCGGAACCACACUGAACAAAAUUACACACACACAAAAGGAGCAAUAAAGUCAAGAGGACUUUGUCCCCCUCCCUCCCAAUGGAGAAUCCAAGGGCCUCCAGCCCAUCCUACCCCCGGGGCGCUCCCCGGGAUACCACUCCCCACGCCAGCCUGGGCCAGCCGCACUAUAUAGCCCUUUACCCCCUUUCCUUUCACGCCCCCUUCCCCGGAGAUCCAUGCGCCCGGACAGCACCAGCAUCGCGGACAGCAAAGCCGCCCGUCCCGUCAAACAAGUUUCUUCUUAGGCUAAGAAACGCAGUAUAUAUGAGUAUCUCUAUAUAGUACUAAUGGAUUUGGUGUGCUUCCCCUUAGCAUCCCCCUGUCCCUUUGCUCCUCCUUCAGCCUGGUCCCCCUCCCUUCCCUUCCCCGUCUCCGCACUGAGAUUCAUAAGAAACAAGGGUAGUUUACUGUCUGUUUUGUUUUCUGGGUUUUCAGUGUCCUAGCGGAAUGCAGGUAGGCAGCCAGCCCGUAUGUUCCCCAUCCCCUGCCCUGCCCCUUCUCCCGCCCUGGCCCCUGUCACUGCGCUUCUGUUACACCAUCUUUGCCUGACUCUCUCCAGCUUCUCCAUUGAAUGGCUAAUGUGUAUGUGAAAUAAAGAAAUAAAGAAAAAACAAA